AUGGGAAACGCUAUUAAUGGUGUCAAGGCCCAGCACUUGGAACCGUUGGUCAUGAAGUACAAUCCUCAGGCAAAAGGGGUGGUGCUAUCCUACUUCAACAUAACGCUUUCUCAAGACAGAGAAAGUUCUGUCAAGGAUGGCCAAGCUAAGUUGGCUAAAGUCAAUGACUCUACUCCAUUCACAUUUCUCUGGGCUACAGUUGACCUUCUCAUAUGGCAACCGCAACCAGGUGAUGUUUUAGAAGGUUACAUUUACAUGCAAACUCAAUCCCACAUCGGGUUGCUUGUGCACGACACUUUUAAUGCAUCGCUCAAGCUGAAGAGCAUUCCGCAAAACUGGGAGUUUGUGCCCAGUCAAGCUGAUGAGUAUGGUGAGGAACAAGGCGAUUCUGGUAACUCCAAGUUCAGAUCAUACGGGUACUGGACCGAUGAGAAUGGCACCAAGAUUGAAGGCAAGAUCAAAUUCACUGUCAAGACUGUCCACACAUCAGGCAAGAUGGUCUCUUUGGAGGGUACGCUAGUCUCUCCAGAAAGUGAGCUUGAUGCUCAACCAGUUGAGAGAAGAAAAUCAUCCACAUCAGCGGCAUCUGCUCCCGCUACUCACGUCAGAUUUGAUGAAGAUUCCAUAGAACCACCUCAGGUGACUGAGAUUCCAGAGGCCGCUGCUGAUGAGGUGCCUACCUACGAUAAAGACGAGGAAGAUGACGACGACUCCUCGAGCGAUGAUAGUAGCGACUAA